AUGAAAAAAGGCAAUGUUCCUCAGCCAGCUGCUAAGAAGCCAGCUCCUGCAAAAUCAGCUGUCAAAGCUCCUUCUAAGUCUUCAGCUCAAAAAGAGCCUCCUGCCAAGUCUGCAGGAAAAGUCUCUGCAAGUCCAUCUCAACCAGAUCCAAAACCAGCCAAAAAAGCAGGGCCACCUUCCAUCACAGACAACAUUGGAAGUCUAUUUGGAUCCUACUGCAACCAAGCUCAUACAGAAAUUGAUUUUGAAGGUUUACAACGCCUCUGCGAUGAUUUACGAAUCAAUCCGAUGACUGAUGUUGAACUUCUUGCAUUUGUUUGGAAAUGCCAAAUCAAGCAAGCAGGAACGAUAUCUCAGGAAGAGUUUACUAAUGGGAUGAACGCUAUAAGAGCUGACUCAUUGAGCACUUUAAAAACUAGGCUUAAUGCGCUGAGAGAUUUCGCAAGAGACCCAUUUCAGAAUGACUUCAGAAAUUUUUUUAGGUUUGUCUUUGAUUUAACAAAAGAGCCAGGAGCUAGAAAUAUUGAUGCAAAUGAUGGGAUUUCGCUGUUAAAUUUAUUAUUAACUCCUCACUUCAGGUGGAUGCCAAGAUUUAUCGAAUUUUUAGGAACAAAACAGCAGAAGUUUCUGAAUUUAGAUCAAUGGAUGGGAAUUCUUGAAUUUUGCAAGAAAAACCCAAGCAGCUUUGAUAGCUACAACCCUGAAGACCCAUGACCAGUUCUAAUCGACGAGUUUGUGACCUGGACCCGACAAUAG